CCUGUCGCAACGGAGUUCACCUUAAAUGUUUAGGUCAAACUUUCGGAAUAGACGCAAACAUUUUAUGAUAUGGCUGCUGGAUAAUGCUAACCAGGGUUAACUUUAGCUACUGUCUGUUGGUUGACAGCUGAUAACACGGAACUGUUAAAUUGACAUAGUGAAAAAAUGAACGUUAAUUUAAGAUGAGGAAUAUGAUCCCUCUCAGAUAACAGUUAACUACUGUUGUGUCGUCAGGCUGAAAGGCCAAUUAGGAAAAGUUCAUUUAAGUUCUCUUUCUCCAUCAAGGAUAAUGGUUUUACUAUAUAUGAAUCUUUUAAAGAGCAGCCGUUUCUGCUCUCUUUCUGUACACCUGACACGAAACGUCCAGGUCCACCAACACGCUGGACACCCCCAGAAGAAGGCGCACUCAGUGUCCUCUGAGGUGUGCUGUCCGACAAGAACAAACUCCGUGCUCUGCAGAGCAACUCCGACUGGACUGCCUUGGUUUGUCUCUAGCAAUGGAAGAAUGAUGUAUUUCCGUGUAAGUCACAAAACCGCUUCACCAUCUGGCCGUGUCUUGACACAAUGUCGUCACCACGUCCACACCUCAGCGCCUCUGAGGGCCCUGCCCGCUCCUCUAAUAUGGAUGGUGCUCAAACCCCUGCAGAAGCUCAUGGCUAUAAUACUGGGCAGGAGUAUAAGGAAGUGGUGGGUGGCUCUCCCAGACAACCGCCAGCAGCUCAUGCGUAAAUGGGCCUGGCAACGCCGCUGGCAUCUAGCAAUGGGGGCGGCUGUUGCUAUGGUGAUUGUAGCCCUCCUCCUCCUUACCCACCUGGAUGAGACCCCAGUGACGGGCCGAAUUCGCCUCCUGGUGUUCAGCAGAGAGAACUACAUGGAGCUGGCAGCUAUGGCUUCAGAAGCGUACAUGGAGGAGUUUGCAGAGCUGCUGCUUCCAGUCACUGACCCUCGUCACCAGGUGGUAGAGCUCCUUGCCCAGCAACUGGCAAAAAAUAAUAAGGACAUACCUGAGGUGUCUGAUGUCACCUGGAGAGUCCACGUUUUGGAAAAUCCCGACAUCAAUGCCUUUGUCCUACCAAACGGGGAAAUAUUUGUUUUUACUGGGAUGCUGGAUGCUGUGGCAGAUGUUCACCAGCUCACUGUUCUCCUGGGACAUGAAAUGGCUCAUGCAGUACUGGGACACUCUGUAAAACAGGCCAGUCUGUCUCAUGUUGUGGAGCUCCUGUCCUUUAUUCUGCUGACUGCCAUCUGGGCCAUGUGUCCUCGAGACAGCCUGGCACUGCUGGGGCAGUGGGUGCAGGGCAAGCUUACACAGUUGAUGUUCAGCCGCCCCUAUAGUAGGAUACUGGAGGCUGAAGCCGACCAAGUCGGAUUGCAGUUGGCUGCUAAGGCAUGUGCAGAUGUGCGAGCGGGCCCCGUAUUCUGGCAGCAAAUGGAAAUCCAAUGCCAGCUGACCGGAGAGCCCAGCCUCCCCGAGUGGCUCUCUACACAUCCAUCACACAGAAACAGAUCCACUCAGCUGGACCGCCUCAUACCCCAGGCUCUGGAUUUGAGGGAAAGUUGCAGCUGUCCCGCUUUACCUGCUGCUGACCCUCGCGUUGUCUUCUCUGAGAUGGUCCAUGUAUUGCUGGAAAAAGCUAAGGAUCAAGAGAGUGGAGGGCCACAUGGUGCAAACAAGCCCCACCUGCCCCACCUCAUUUGCCACUGGACUGCCUGUAGCUCUGCUUGCCCAAACUGCACCUCCUGCUUCCCCAAAUUUAGAUCAAGAGAGCAAGGGUCCAAUCCCAGUUAUAGCUUCAAAGAAAGCUGUACCUACCCAUUUUCCUGCUCCUGAUGAGGGGGAUGGACCAUAGCAUGUGUUGCUGAUCACCAGCUCAGUAU